UUAAAAUACACACACACACACACACACACACACACACACACUGACCAGCCGUCUGUAGAUAGAACCGUAUUUUCUGAACACACAGUCUACAAAACCCACUGUUCACUCUCUCACACACUUUGAAGAUAGAGGUGGCAAUCACUUGUUCUGUGGUGCUGGAGCAGGACAGAGGACUGGCUUCUCAGUGGUAAACACUUCACUUUAAGAAGAUCAAUUAUGCAUAGUUUGGCUUGUUCUGACUCACUGGCACGUCUUCUGAAUAUGCUUAUUUAGAGAUGAUCGCUCAUUUAUGUGCAAGAAGAUUUGGCAGCCCGUACCUGUUUUGCAAUAAAGAUGAAGAUCAAUAUUCUUCUGCGUUUGAUGCUAUUGCUGGUGGGCACAUCAAGCAUCGAAGAUUCACCUGUGGAUAAAUUAACAGAUGUUUCUGGUGGCAGCAGUCAGCGUUUAAACUCUGUUCAGCAUGGAGAAUGUAGCUACACCUUCGUUCUGCCAGAACCUGAGGAGAGCAGGACUGGUAGCUGGCCAGAAGAACAUGAUGGUAAUUAUGAAGAUAACAGUGUCCAGAAAGAGUCUCCACAGGGGAAGCAAAGCCGCUUAAACCAGCAGAUCCAACACCUGGAGCUUGCCAUGGAAAAUUACACCCACUGGCUACAAAAGAUUGAGGUCUUUGUAAGGGACAGUCUGACAGAAGACACAACACACCUGAAAAAUAAUGCUUUACGUAGUGAAAUAACAGCCAUGUUGGAUCUUGGCACCAAAUUGUUUUCCCAGUCCACCCAAUAUUUCAGGAGGCUAACAGACAUGGAGAGACAGGUUUUCAAUCAGACUUCAAGACUGGUGAUUCAGUCAAUGGAAAACUCCUUGUCCUCUGUCAAACUUGAGAACAAACUGCACUGGCAAGCCAGUGAGAUGAACCAACUUCAGGACAAAACAGAUGCACUAGAGCAGCGUAUGCGUGACAUGGAGGCACGUCAUCGUGCAGAGCUGGGAUGGAUAAAGAGCGAGCAUGCAAAGCUCCAGAGACUUCUGGUAUCCCAGAGCUCUUCAAUACAGAGCCUGGAGCUCAGUCUAGCGCAGGUCAUCACUGACAACAGCGUCCUGUGCCGUGAGCAACUACAACUCCACAGUACCAUCAAUACUGUGCUUAAAAUGUGCUCCAAGAACAAAGCGAGUCCAAAUGUUUUCAAACAAAUGGACGAGCAGAGAAAAUACAGAGACUGUGCCGAACUCUUCCGGGCCGGAUUUAACAGGAGUGGAAUUUACACCAUCUACAUUAGCAUGCAAGACAUGCAUAAGGUUUACUGCAACAUGGAACAUGCCGGUGGGGGAUGGACCAUCAUACAGUUAAGGAGCGAUGGAACAUUGGACUUCCGCAGAACCUGGAAGGAGUAUAAGAUGGGCUUUGGGAGUCUGACUGGAGAACACUGGUUAGGAAAUGAGCUGGUGUACAAGCUGACCAAUCAGAGGCAAAGCACUCUCAGACUGGAGCUGACGGACUGGGAUGGAAAACUGGCAUUCUCCCAAUAUGACAAGUUUUACCUUGGUAGUGAGAAACAAAACUACAGGUUGUUCCUGAAAAGCUACAGUGGUACGGCUGGCAGACAGAGCAGUUUGGUGAUAAACGGGGCUGACUUUAGCACAAAAGACAUGGAUAAUGACAACUGCAUCUGCAACUGUGCACUCAUGCUCACAGGCGGCUGGUGGUUUGAUGCCUGUGGCCCGUCAAACCUCAACGGCAUCUACUACACCUCUGGACAAAAUUCAGGCAAAUUUGAUGGCAUUAAGUGGCACUACUUCAAAGGCCCCAACUACUCUUUACGCGCCACCACCAUGAUGAUCCGCCCAUUAGAUUUUUGAGAUAACGAUCAUCUGUCAUCAUAUUGUCACACAUUUUUCGGCAGUUAAUUGGUUAUACAGUAUGCUGUUUAACUGGUUAAACAUUUUGAUCCGCUUUGUGUGGAAAAUUCAAUGUCAAACUGUCAUAAUUAUGUUUCUAACCUUUUCCUUAAUGUAAUACAUUGUGUACUUCAGAUAGUCUGUUGUGUUGACGUCUGCUGAGGGCUUGACUUACUGGUGUCAUCAGCUUUCAGGAAAUGAAUAAACUGGUUUGUAAAGUA